UUCACAGCUUUCUACUGUACUGUGAUGGAUGAUAAACUGAAGCAGAUAGACGCUGGGUCUGGCUCCGUGGUUGGCGUGAACAAUAAUAAUGAGAUCUUCGUCCUGAUUGAUAACGUCUUCACAAAGAUCAGCGGGUCUCUAAAGCACUUCAGUGUUGGUCCUGCUGGUCAGCUGGGGGUUAAUACAGGAAACAACAUCUUUAAGUAUCAGAGUGGCGGUUUUGUUAAGCUUCCAGGGCUUCUCAAUCAGGUGGAUGCUGGAGGUGAUCAGAUCAUUGCAGGUGUCAAUAUGUAUGAUGACAUAUUCUGUUUAAAUAUGGAUGCUAACAACAAAUGGCUAUCCAGUAACAUUCCUUGGGUUAAUAUUGGUGGAAAGCUGAAGUACUACAGCUGUGGUCCAUACAGCUGUUGGGGAGUGAACCGCAAUGACCAAAUCUUCAUCACAAGAGUAAUGUCACAAUGUUAAAUACUUAACAUAUUA